AUGGAAAGCGGCCUCAAUGUUUGGCCCGCUGAUUCUCCCCCAUGUUUCAUAUUACCUAGAUUGUCACGUGACCAAGUGCAUACGCCCUUCAAGAAAAAAAAUCCUGUCUCAUCCUUCUGCUCAUCACAGACUCUACCCAAAAUGCCGAUUAAUCAGCCUAUGUCUCAGAUCAAGUUGACUAACGUCUCCUUGGUCAGGAUGAGAAAGAACAAGAAACGGUUCGAGAUUGCCUGUUAUCAAAACAAGAUUCAAGACUGGAGAUCUGGAGCGGAAAAGGAUAUAGACGAAGUGCUACAGAUUCCUCAAGUAUUUGUAAACGUUUCCAAAGGCCAGGUUGCUCCUCAUGAUGACCUAAAAAAAUGUUUUGGAACUACAGAUACUGACACGAUCAUAAAGGAGAUUCUGAAUAAAGGAGAGAUCCAACUUAGUGAAAAAGAAAGACAGGCCAACUCAUCCAAGUACACGGCCGAGGUACUGCAGUUAGUUAGUGCUAAAUGCAUCAACCCUAAAACCAUGAAAAGAUAUCCAACUACAAUGAUUCAUAAGGCACUAAACGAGCUGAAGUUCAACUUGACGUCUACAAAACCGGCAAAAUCACAUGCGCUGGACGCCAUCAGGUUGUUGGUAUCCAAGCAACUAAUCCCCAUUGCCAGAGCAAAGAUGAAGGUUAAGAUUGUGAUGAACUCGAAAGAUGCUAAAGCUAGCAAAGAUAAACUUCAUAGCUUGAUUACAGAGAUUGAGUCUGAAAACUGGUCUUCUGAGUGGGAAGCAUUUGCAUAUAUAGACCCUUCAAAUUAUAGGGAACUUUUCAAUAUGGCCAAAGUUGAACUUUUGGAAAUGGCUGCUAUCAAUGAGAGUUCCGGAACUUUGUAA